AUGACCACAAAUCAGGCUCCCAAUCCUAGGGAAUUCAAGUCGUGGGAAGAUGCUUUCCAAUAUCCAGUCCCGGUUGUGCGCCGGCUCGAGCAACAACUUCGCACCAAUAUCAAUGAGAACAGCGACAAGUUGCGCUCCUUGGUCGGCAACAGUUACCGCGAUCUGCUAAGCACUGCCGAACGCAUUGUGGAAAUGGACCAACAGAUACAUUCAAUCGAUACUUGCCUCGGGAAUAUUGGCUCAAAAUGCAAUGCUCGUGCUAUCGAGCGCAUUGCCGCCAAUCAACGAAAGACUGCCAAUGCUCAGAGGAAUCGAAACCAUGUUCGCAAUGCUCUUGCUUCCAACAUUGCUCUUCUCCAACGCUGUAUGGCGCACGCCCUCCAACUAAUCAGACGCGGAAAUCAUUCAUUGCGUGCUGCAAAGCUUCUUGUUAUCUCUAGAUUGCUGUACACCAGUGCUUCCAAAUCUCCGGACCCGCCUGCCCUGCUUGACCAUCUAAAGACGAAGUUGACUUCACUUCGUCGUAAGUUGUUGAGUCAUGUUGACAAGUAUCUGGUGUCCGCUACCCUUGAGAAGUCGGCCCUGGUCGACACAUUGGCUGCCUUCUCGCUUGCAACCACAUCCACACCAACAGAUGUGUUGAACCACUUCCUACAUGUGCGAGCUUCUAGCCUUGGUGAUCUUGUCAAAUCUCCCACUCAGGCUCAGCUACACGAUGCCUUGGGUCUGCUCAUCACAACAAUCAAGGAGGUGCAGAUCGUAUUCCCGAAACAGCUCUCUGCUCUUCUGGGCAGAAUACAGGACGAACCCCUACUGCAGGGUUCAGCUAUUCAGGAUAUGCCUGAACUCAGCCUCGAGAUCUACGAAAGCUGGAUCUCGGACGAUGUACGCAAGUUCACUCCUUGGCUCAGGCAUGAUCAAUUGCAAGGGUCGGCCGCCACAGUGGUACUGAAGAAGUGGGUCGCUCAAGCAAGAUCGACACUCAUGCAAGGACUCAACUCCCUGCUCGAUGACACGCACGAAGUCUCUGUCGUUGUUUCGCUACGCAAAGACUUCAUAUCUCGUUCUCUGUCUGCCGAUCGGAAGCUGCCAGGUCUUGAUCCGGCUACUUUCUUUGAGGAAUUGCGUGCUUCCUUCAACCGUCGUCUCCGUGACUUGGUCGUCGAAUCUGCCAACGUUGGUGAGUAUAUUGUCGGUCCCUACCUGAGGGGCGAAUACAUCCAGUCCAUCGUCAAUCCCGGACCCGCUGCGAACCUCUGGGAUCCUGCAAAUCUGGAGAUUGAGCCUGGAAAGGGCUCCAUCACUUUCAGAAAUUUGAUUCAUAAUGCCUCUCAAGGUAAAGAUGCUUCUCUACAGGGUCUCGUACUAUCUUUAAACUCAUGGUCUUCCGACUUGGCCACAUGGUCCACCACAAUCAAGUCGAUGCGCGAUGACAGAUGGAACGACGAUCUCGAUCUCGGCAUUGAAGAUGACUUUGAGAUCGACUCUCCUCAAGAUCUGCUAGCUAGAGAAGACCCUGAUGAGCUGCAGAAACUGCUCGCAUCGGAAAAAGCAAAGUCGCUGAAGGAUGCAUACGAGCAGAUACAAUCCUAUGUGGACAAGAAGGGCCGCACAGUACGAUCGUUGCGACUCCUGAGAGGACUCAGACAUCAGGCAGCCCUUGGCGAGACUCAGACCUCCAUCACCCAACCACCACCAUCACUAUUCCAGACCCUGCAUGAGAUGCUGGCUGAGCAAGUGCUAGAAAAGUCUGUCGAGCUCAAGAGAUCUACGACAAAAUCGCCUAAACUUUUCGUUCGUGCUCCUGCAACAGCAUUAUGGGAAGGUUCGCCACCACUUCCCGUGCAACCUUCACCGGCUUGCUUCAGAUAUCUGCAUGAUACCUGCAAGACAAUGACGGAUAUUGGGAGUGAUCUGUGGUCGCCUUCCGCUCUGUCAAUUCUCAAGAACAGACUGCGAAGCACCAUUUUUGACUCACUCAAUGAUACUCUACUGAGCACAACCCACACCAACGGCUCCACUACAACAGCAGCACCCUCAAGUGUGAUUGGCGAUACUUCAAUCAACGGAGAAUCCAAACCGGAUUUCACCGAAGAUGGUGUAUCAGUGGAUGACAAAGCUCAAGAACAAUCCACCAACACCAACGCCAACACCACUUUUUCGACCCAAUCGAUUCCAUCCCCCAAACUCAUCCAAGCAACCUUCGACAUCCUCUACCUCGACAAAAUCCUCGCCGUGUCCAACCCCAACACCGCUAGCUUUGAUACUGCAAUCUCAAAUCUCAAAUCAAAGGCUGAGUUGGAAGAUGCAGCUAUAGAGCGUUUGAGAAAGAGUACGGGCGAUUAUUACAAGAGGACGUAUCUUUUGUUUGGGUUGCUCGCUGUUUGA